AUGCCCGACAACACGACCGAAAAUGCGACGCUAGAGGUGGACGGCGCGCAGUUCACAACGGUGACGGAGGGUCUCGCGACAAUCCUGGUUCCUCAAGGCGCCAAAGUAGGAGAGGAUGGUGGCGAAGUACAGCAAGUUUUCUACAACCCGAUUCAGCAGUACAACCGCGACCUCUCCGUGCUUGCCAUCAAGGCCUACGGCGAAGAGGCUUUGGAGAAGAGAAAAAGUCGCAAGCAGGCGAAGGACGCCAAACACGGAAAGAAGCGCAAGAGGGGGGACGAAAAUGGCACAAAAUCCGAAGAGACUAAGCGCCCAGGGUCGGAACCCGCGCAGCCUGCGCAAGCAGAGAAGCAGCCAGGUUCAGAACCUGCGCAAGCUGAGCAGCAGUCAGAAUCGCAGUCUGGCGCAGCGGGCCAAAACGCUGGCAACACAACCAAGCCUUCGUUCAAAGUGCUAGAUGCCCUCUCAGCUUCGGGCCUUCGAGCAUUGCGAUAUGCGCGCGAGCUUCCCUUCGUCACUUCCAUUACUGCCAACGAUCUGUCAGCAUCUGCUGCCAAGUCAAUCAAGCAAAAUGUCAAACAUAACGACGUCGAGGAUAUUGUUUCGGUAACCAACGGCGAUGCUCUGGCGGUCAUGUACAGAACAAUUGCGGAUUCACUUGCAAACGGCGAGGCCAACAAGCCAUGGAACAAGACAUCCAAGACAUCCAAGUUUGACGUUAUCGACCUAGAUCCAUAUGGAACAGCAGCUCCAUUCUUUGACGCGGCCGUCCAGGCCGUGCGCGACGACGGUGGGCUUUUGUGCAUUACCUGCACCGAUAGCGCGGUAUGGGCUGGACAUGCAUACUGCGAAAAGUCUUUCUCCCUCUACGGUGGCACCCCGAUUCACGGCAUGCACUCCCACGAGGCUGGCCUGCGCCUGAUCAUCAAUGCAGUGGCCACAUCGGCGGCUCGUUAUGGACUUACCAUCGAACCACAGCUGUCUCUUUCUAUCGACUUUUAUACCAAGGUGUUUAUCAAAGUCACAAAAUCUCCCCAAGCCGUCAAGUUCCUUGGCUCCAAAACCAUGGUUGUAUACAGUUGUGAUAGCGGCUGCAGUGCCUGGGAGACCCAGUACCUUAUGCGCGCCAAGGCAGUGCCCAAUAAAAAAGGCAACGGGGCAUUUUACAAGUUCGGCAUGUCUUUGGGAAUAGCCGAUCAGGUUUGCAAGCACUGCGGUACCAAAAUGCAUGUCAACGGUCCAAUGUACGGUGGUCACAUCCACUCUCGGGAAUUCAUCGAGAGAUUGCUGAAACAAAUACCCGAGGCCGACAAGAACGUCUAUCGCACUCUUCCUCGCCUUGAGGGUAUGCUACAGAAUGCGCUGGAGGAGUUGAUUCCUGGACCCGAAGAGCGGGCUCCGGUCGAGCCGCGAGACAAGGAGUACGCUAAAAUUGACCGUUAUCCGUUCUUCGUGAUCCCCGGGAAACUCGGCAGCAUUAUCUCAUGCGCCACGCCAAGCGAUGACCACUUCCGAGGGGCUUUGAAGCAUCUUGGCUACGUUGCGGGUCGCAGUCACUGCAGGCCGGGAAGCAUCAAGACAGACGCUCCGUGGUCGACGAUAUGGUGGAUCAUGGCGGAAUGGAUACGGCAAAAGGCGCCCGUUAAGACUUCGAAAUUCAAGCCUGAUACGGCUCCGUGGAGACUUUUGCAGAGGCUGGGCAUCCUUGAGCAGCAAGGCGACGCUGGCGGUGAUGAUGUAACCAUGGCGGGCGUCGAUGCGGAAGAGAAGGAGGACAAAAAGGCCAGUGCUGAGCCACCGGUAACGAACGAGAAGAAGGUCCUCACCGAAGAAGACUUGAGAAAAACUCUAGUCUUCAACGACGAACUCGCCCGACUGGGGCGAGAGGGCAAGACAGAAAAUCUUGUGCGGUAUCAGAUGAAUCCGAGGGAGAACUGGGGUCCACUAACGAAAGCAAAGAGCAACUAA